AUGUCGUGGUUCUUUGGUUCUUCCAGCCCAAAGGUUGAGGCGACACCAGUGGUCUCGCAGCCUUCACGACCCGACAAUCUCGCCAGCUCGCUCAAGGACACAGAUUCCAAACCAGCACAGAAAGUCAAGCCAUGUUGUGUAUGCACGGAAGAGAAAUCGAAACGAGAUGAGUGCAUGCUGUUCUCGAGGGCGGAUGACCCGCAAGAAGAUUGCAAGGGAAUGGUUGUGAGAUACAAGGAGUGUAUGGCGGGUUAUGGAUUCAAAAUAUGA